GAGGAGCAGGGAAUUACACACAAAAACAGCAGAACCAGAACACCCUCCUCUGGACACACCCUGCUGAGGAUCACUGCUUCUCUUUUUUCUGAAACCAUCGCCCACGCUGCUCGGAGAGAAAACUCUCCCUCAUCAUCUUCCUGAAGAAAACCCCUUUCUCCUCAUUUUCACCCUGCAGAGGACACCUACAAUCUCCAAGGGCUGAGAUCCCCUGGCGAAGAUUGUAUUUUUUUCCUUUUUUUCUUUUUUUUUCUUUUAAUUUGGACACAGCAACUCCUGGCAGAGCAGAAAGGCCAUAUAAUAUAAAGGCCAAAGAGCACAUACAGACUCAACCUUCAGCUUCAAGACCAGUGCAAAGAAGGACCUAGAUCUCUUUCAUUGUACGUCAAGAAUGGUUACUCAGAUAAUCAGCACCAUGGAAACCCAGGUGUCCAACGGUCCAAGCGGAACCAGUCUGCCCAAUGGUCCAGUCAUCAGCACCAAUGGCGCCACGGAUGAUAGCAAAACCAACCUGAUCGUCAAUUAUCUGCCUCAAAACAUGACCCAGGAAGAGUUCAAAAGUCUGUUUGGUAGCAUUGGAGAGAUUGAGUCCUGCAAGCUAGUUAGAGACAAGAUAACAGGACAGAGUUUGGGUUAUGGCUUUGUAAACUACGUGGAUCCUAAUGAUGCAGACAAGGCCAUCAACACACUCAAUGGUCUAAAACUGCAGACAAAAACAAUCAAAGUAUCAUAUGCCCGGCCAAGCUCGGCUUCCAUUCGUGACGCCAACCUUUACGUGAGUGGCCUCCCCAAGACCAUGAGCCAGAAGGACAUGGAACAGCUGUUCUCCCAAUAUGGCCGCAUUAUCACAUCCCGCAUCCUAGUGGACCAAGUUACAGCAGGCAUAUCGCGAGGAGUGGGCUUCAUCCGGUUUGACAAGCGAAAUGAGGCAGAGGAGGCCAUCAAAGGUCUGAAUGGGCAGAAGCCCUUGGGUGCUGCUGAGCCCAUCACUGUCAAGUUCGCCAACAACCCCAGCCAGAAGACAGGCCAGGCCUUACUGACCCAGCUGUACCAGACUGCUGCCCGCCGCUAUACAGGCCCCUUGCACCACCAAACUCAGCGUUUCAGUGUGAUCCCUCCAUUUGGAAAGGGACCUGAUCCAAAUAACAGCACAAAACCAAUACUCGACAAUUUACUAAACGCCAGCUACGGAGUCAAGAGUUCUCCCUCUCUUCUCCCCAGAUUCUCCCCGAUCACCAUUGACAGCAUGACCAGCCUGGCUGGGGUCAACCUGACUGGGCCAACUGGAGCUGGCUGGUGCAUCUUUGUGUACAACCUGUCCCCCGAGGCGGACGAGAGCGUCCUGUGGCAGCUCUUCGGGCCCUUCGGUGCUGUCACUAACGUCAAGGUCAUCCGUGACUUCACCACCAACAAAUGUAAGGGCUUUGGCUUUGUCACCAUGACCAACUACGAUGAAGCUGCCAUGGCCAUCGCUAGCCUCAACGGCUACCGCCUGGGCGACCGCGUGCUGCAGGUUUCCUUCAAGACCAGCAAGCAGCACAAGGCCUGAGAGAGAGGCUGCUGUGGCCAGCUCCUUCGACCUGCAGGGAGAGUACUUGAGCUCCCUGUGCCAUCACUCUACAUGGGCCUGGACUGAGUCUCUCUCUGACAUGCAUUCUCACACACAUUGAUAAUAUACUAUCACACACACAGACAUGGAGAUGCACGCACACAGACACACACAAAACACGCAUACUACAACAUAUCCAUACGCAAAAACAUACACAAGUCAGAGUUUCAAACAAAUACACUAGUAGAGUUUUUCUUUUCUCUUUACACAACAUGCUAGUCCUUCCCUGUAUUUGCCUGGAUUGAAUUAGUAGGGCUACGUAGUAGGUUUGUUGGGGUGGGGGUGAAAGGUUAUCUAUGAAGGAGACAGUAUAACGAAUGUGACAGAGAAUGUGUGCUGAGUGCUUUGAUUGAAUUCAGGCAAAUAAUAACAACUGAUGAACAAAACGAUCAAAAAUCUAAAUGAACGAAUAUGUGCAAUUUACCCAAACUCUUACCCCACCAUCUCUCCCAUUAUCUUGCUGGAGAGGAUGUAGUCACUUUUUUACACUUGGGCAUUUUGAAUCAGCGAUUUUUUUAGAUCAAAGAAAAAUAAAUUAAAAAACAGUGUUCUCUUAUAUACGUAUAUUAAAAUAUAACUAUAUAUUCAAUAUUUAAGGUGGUUAUAAUAGCCGAGUAUGUAAGCAUUUUCUAGAAACUUUGACUACUGUUUCCUGACUCUGCAUUAGGUGGUGCCUGCUGUAAGGGCAGUUUCUCUACCCUAUGUGAGCUUGUUAGCUCAGACCCAAUAUGAUUUAGGUUAACUAAUGGAUACUGGUCACAGAAAUGAGUAGUCCGAAGGCCGUCAGAGUCACUUUUUCCCUCACAACACAGUCUCACACUGAAAUACACAGAAGAAAACAUACUUUUCACCAAAACACACAGUUCAACAGUUACUGAUUUCAAGAUAAACACAUAUUUUGUCCACCUCAAUGAAAAACGUCCCUGUAUUUUCACACUCUAGUUUUUGUAUCUAUCCUCAGAAUGGAUUCCACCACAAGCAGACUGUCUGUGAACUUAGAGCAUAGUGGCAGUGCUCCCAUGGUGACGGUGUUCAUUAGCAAUCCUCUGAUGGGCUAGAGAGUUAUGAGAGGGGAAACCCUUACACCAUAACACAGACGCUUUAAAGGAAAAUACCGGUGUUUUACGCCUUUUGGAUCAUUUACUUUUACUGCACCUCUGUUUUUCACCCACAGUACAUUUCCCAUUACAGGGCUUUGUUUUUGUGAUUCGGUUUGAAGUCUCUAACACGGAAAAGUCAUCUAGAGUUAGAAGAGGAAAGGAAGAACAAGGGGUGAACAAACUAAGACAUUAAACACAAAAACUAUACUGUUACUGUUGUUGAUUCAAAUGCUGGGAAUGAUUGAAGCAAUUUCCCUGCAGUAACUGGACAUUGCUAAAUUUCAGAUUGUGUAACAUAUAUACCUGUCAGCAUAAGAUCUGAUUGUUUUAACACCACUGGGAUUCAAUGAGCAGAUAGAAGCAAUGCAACUUUGAAAUUAAAGUGAAAAAAUACAUUGCACAGACUGAAUAAUGUUCCAGAGGUCUGCAGAAAAACAGUAGAGAUGAGCAAAAAACUCAAGAGCACCGGUAUAUUUCUUUAAACACAGGAAGAAGCUCCCCAUGUAAAUGAGGUCACAGUUUUACAUUUCGGCGGAGCAUAAGGGCUCUACAGUAACAACGUGCACAGAGCAGAUUAAGAGGAGUGCAGUUCCAGUGAGUGAACACUUAGACUGACUUAGAGUCGUGUGUGUGAGCGAUGAUCUCUGGCAAUGAUCAAAUUAUCACCGAUCCUUAAAGAAGACCAAUGUUACCAAUUCCUCCAGCUUUGCCAAAUGCUCCUCAGUUUCAUUUAAACCCCUACCAUUCUAUUAAAAAACCUCCCAGAAUUAGCUUUGAACUCCUGCCCUCUCAAAAGAUGAUUGUAGAAAAUCAAGCCUGCAAAUAAGUGUCAUAAUUAUACUUCUAUUUACAACAGAAAGGUAUUUUACUUACUUGCUUCAGAUCUGUUUGGCACUACCACAAAAAUAGCAUUUCUCAAAAUAUCCCCAACCCAACUGCAUGGAAAUUAUUUAUGGCACCCGUGAUGAAACAUUAAGGCCAACUACAACUUGUCUUGCUGAACUGUCUGUUACAGACUAGAUUUAAGACUUACCAUGGGGAGAGCUAUUGUCUUUUAAUAUCAAGACAUCUGCACAUGAUAAUAGAUUAAAUAAGGUCAACUAUAUUCAAGACAUUUUUGCUUUUCUAAAUGACGCUGUGUUAGCCAAAGAGGACGACGAUCUCUUUGAAAGGAUUACAUUAGAGAUAAAUCUAUUUUUAUACAUACAAAAGAACAAGACCUAGUGCUGAAUUUUUACAGAUUCUUAAGCUUGGAAAAAUUGGGACAUCGCAUGGCUUUAUUUUAAACCCUCUGAUCUUUGCAGAAAGAGGGGGAACAAGCAUGCGGUGUAUGGGUGGGGAUUCAGGGAAGGGGUGAAGGAAAGUCGUAUCUCAUACAAACUUAACUGUUCAACCAUAUUGAAACGAUGGAAACCAACUUAACAAAAAACAAAUUUGUUGUGGAAAAAAAAAAAUAAAAAAGCUAAAUUAAACAGUUAGGGGUAUAACCUGACAGACACAUCUGUACUUUUGAGUGCGUAGACACACUCGUAUCUCUUGUCCUGAAGUUGUGUACAGUGUUGCUUCAAUGAUGGUGCAGUGAAGUGCUUUGACUUGAGAAUCCCAGAUGAAGCUGCGGUGAGACAGGCUCAUUGCCCAGCUGAAAAAUUGAACAGCUGCUUGCAAAUAGAAAGGUAAAAGGCAGAUUUAAACCGUGAUGGAGAUUCAUAAUGAACAAUGAAUAGGAAUUCUCUCUGAUUAAGUAGAUUUGAUUUCAGCCAAAGAAUUGCUUUGCAAGUCAGUACCGAGAUGAAUAAAUUAAGACAAAGUAUAUUAUCCCCCAAGUAAUUGCUGUACAAAUCUUUGUAAUUUAUUGAAUAAGGACCCUCUAUAAUUUCUUUUAUCAUUACUUUUGAAUAUCUCAGUUGUGCAUAUCAGUUUGCAUUUGUAAAUACUAAAACCACUGAAAUAAAUCCCAAAUUGAAUUAGUCGCAAGCAAUCGCAUUUGCACACCUUUCAUCUAGACACUGAUAAAUUGAUAUAUCGAAAAAAAAAAAAGGCAUAUCAAAACCAUAUAUUAAUGAAAGAAAUCACCUCUCGACAAAGGAAAUAUCGUAUGCAUCCAUAUCGUGUAUUUCCCCCGGCGUUAAUGUCAUCUGAUUUAACUCAUUAUUAAAUUAAUCCUCUAGAACUGUAAAACAUUGCACCACAUCAAACACUUACUCUGGCUUCUUUCUAUCUGACUCGUACAAUUUCAAUCCUGAUUACGAUCCAAAUGAUUAUUGGUGGUGUGUCCAGUGCUAACCACACUAAGGACUAAUACAGGCUAUUUUGGGUCUGACAACUCGCAAGAAAUAGGUAGCACAGUAAGACUGAGCACUUAGUGAGACCUUAGGGACACACAGGCUAGCAGGCCAUGUUGAACUGCAGCUGGAGUUGUUGACCUAGCCAUGUCCAGUCGAGUAUCAUCAAGCCACAACCCAAACCAACAGCCCGAGAUGACCCUUCAUACACAGUCAAUACAAAGACCCUUGUCUCACACCUAAUGUACAGUAGAGAGCCAAGGACAAUGGCAGGAAACAACAGUACUACACCGCUUGAGCAACUACAAUAAUCAUUUAAAAAGACAAAAAAACUUUCCUAUGGAACAGUAAGUGCAAUGUGCUUUGUUUUUAUAUUGACUGAGAACAAAUGAUAUAUAUUUUUUAAAAAAGAAAUUAAACGUCACACUGAAAUGGUUUGCGGAAUAGCGAAAGGAUCAAAUGUUCAGACAAAAAAAAAAAAAAUGUGAUAAACGAACAGAUUCAUUACGAGAAUCAAACAAGCAAUGAGAGUUCUGAUCUCUAAAUGUCCAUAAUCACUUCCUCAGCCCCUGAUUUGUGCUCUGACCAUGCAAGCUCAAAUAAAAAACGCAUAUCUGGCUGACUUAAUAGAGCAAUUCUCAACAACUUUGAAAGGAAUACUGUCUAAUAUAUCAUCAGUUUUAGCCCAUGUCAAUUUCAAAUAUCAUUUUUUCCUGUAAUUUAUUGAUUUCUUUUACAUAUCAAGACUCACUUGUUAAAUUAGCGUAUUUGUGUUGUUGAUGUUGCCAUAGAGGACACACAUGGGUCAAAGAUUUUGUUCGGUUGCAUUGAUUGGGUACAAUUUAUUAUUUUUCUUCCAUUAUUUAAUUAGUUGCAGUUCUUACAGUGUAUGCAGAUUUUAGACUUAGUUAGAUUUUUUUAUUUCAAUCAAACUGUGUUCAAUUGUGUUUGUAAAAGUCUGUGGUAGCUUUUGUUGCAACAUAAAAUAAUUUAAACAGAAAAAAUUCAAAAUAGCGCCAACAAACUUGUAUUAUUUGGGCGACUUUAAGCUUGUAGUUUUAACUUAUUGUUAACUUAAAAACUAUUUAUUAUGAUUAUUAUUAUUGCCUCGUAUAAAGUAUGUUUUGUGUAUAUUUAUGGUUUAUUUCAUUAUAUUUGCAAGUUUAAAAGAUUUUAAGUUUGCCAAAAUUGUGGUUACACCAUUUCGUUUCUUAAAAAGGGGGACAAAUAGAUUAAAAAACAGCUUUAGAAGUACGAUUUGGAAAAGUUCUCCAUAGUCAAAGAAUGCACUGCUAUAUUUAACUAAUUGAAGUGUAUAAACAUACAUGCUGUGUGCUAGAUGUUAUGCCUUUACUGCCUGUGUUCUGUUUGUCUUGUUAAAUGAAAAUCUUUUGAUUAUUUAAUCUAAUCACAGUCUUGUUUUUUCAACCACUCUGAUAACCCCUGGGCGCCAGGACACGUGACAGCCCUGCAGCGUGGCUGUGGCCUAAUAGAGGGUUGAUCAACUAGUCAGAUACAGGCGAUGUCCUUGGCUUGAAAGGCUCUCAAGAUGCUUUCCUGUAUAUGCUGAUGGGUUAAUAAAUAUAACUAUAAUUAGCGAGGGUUGUGUUUCCCCAAAGGCAUCAUAAUGCUGAGAUCACCUAAAUAUCAAUUUAUGCUAGUGAGACAAAGAUGUCCUCGAGUGCCAAGAUGUUUGGAAACCCUGCCAAGAGCUCCAUUAAAACUUACAAGUGCUCACAACAGCUGCAGGAAGGUUUUCUUGGGAGUUGGGUAGGAAAGGGGUGAGUGGUCCUUCUGUUUCUCAACCAACUGUAUUUUGUGUCUAUUUAUUUAGAAGAGGGGACACAGUAACUUAGUGAUGUUUUUCUUACAUUUUCCUGGAAUGGUAGAACAAAUCAACGGUGAAAAUGAUCAAAACAGCUCUGCUGACACCCAUGUCAGUGGAAGACACAAAAUCUCAUACUUCCAAACACGACCAAAUGAACAAUGACAAAAUUUAACAAAGAAAAAAAAUAAACCUUUCAGUUUAGUCUAGGAUAUUUAUUACUGGGAUUUCAGCUGAAGACGCUUGAAGACUUUUUCAUGGAAUUGUUUAAUUAUUUGUACUUUACAUGCCAGAAAAAAAAUAAAAGUUACAAAUCUGAGUGA